CUCGGUUGAAGAGCAAGUGUAUGUCAUACAUCGCAUGCUAGAGCGAGAACUUUACUUUCUCUAUGAAUGACAUCAGAAUUCCCCCGACCUCUCUGAAAAUGUUUGUGAUUGGGAGAAGGCUGUCGUGUUUUGUUUGAUGUAUGGACACGCAUAUCAUUUUGAAAACAGUAAAUUCAGGCAACACACAGAAAAGAGGAAAUAGAAGGAUUUUCACAGACAAACUUUAGCGGUGAAGAUGAAUGCUCUGGAAGGUUCAGGAGACCCAGAGGGAGGAGGCAGUGUCGAUUUAACAGGAAAAAAUAAGUCCACGUUAAAGUCUUUCAAGUCACGGCUAUUUGGGAAGACAAGGGGGAAAGAUGAUGAUAGUGGUCUGAAGCAGAGUCAUUCUGAGAGUAACAUCACAUUGGGUGUUGAUGGCUCAGAGGAUGAUCUCUACUCUAAAGGCAUGAUGGGUUCCCGGGCAUUGUCACAUGACAGCAUCUUCCUGUUAGAGCACAGUCAUAAAGACCCUGAGCCACCAAAAGUUCUGUCACAAGAAAACAUUCAUGGCAACAUUCGAGCUCUGCAGAUGAAACUCAGGCAGCAGAAGAUGCAUUUAGGUCUUCCUCCCCUGCCCAUGAAACGUCCUGAAGACUUAGUUGGAAGUUCAGAGGAUGAUGGCCUUCCUCGUGGUCCCUCUGAAAUGUUGUGUGGUAAGGGAUCCAAGAGCAAAUCAAACAAGGCCUCUUCCAAGCCCCUCUCCCCUCUGCCCAUUAGCCCAGCACCUGCUCCCCUCUCCUCAUUUGCCACAAGUUCAGGGGUGGACUUCAACGCUCCUCCCCAUUUUAAUUCUCUCUUGGACAGCUCUGCUGCCCGCCACCGUAUGUCCAUCAAACCUAAGAACCAAAGGGCCGGUGCUAAGAACAAGAGGUUGAUCACUUCAUCUGUAAGCAGACCACGUUCUGAGAGUUUGAACAACCUGGAACAUUCAUUGACUGAGAGGGAGGAAAACGAUGGGCUUGCUCUUGUAAUAGAGAAACCCCGUGCUCGCUCGUAUUCCUCUCAAGUAUUACACCUAGGAGAGAGGCUUACUGCUUCCCACAUCAAGAGUGUACUUCCAGUUUCACAUGUAAUGUCUCUACGGGGUGCUGGAGAUAGUAAACAAGCUGAAAAUGAGCACGAGAGAAGCAUCCUCUCCACAUAUCCUCAUGGCCCUAGCCUAAAAGAGAUAACUCCUAUUGAGUCACCAGUAUCCACAAUGGGCCACGAGCCUAAAAAAGAAAAUAAAUGUAUUCCAAACUCAGAUGAAGCCCAAGCAGCCAAACCCCCAAGCCCAGUGGUGCCAAUCGAUAGAAAGGGGAGUGAGGAAUUCAGUUGCUCCAAACUAGUCAAGAACAGCCAAAGUAACCUGAUGCCAAAUGUAAAACCAACUGUUAGAACAAGUGUGACUACCAUCCAAAGAACGAGUGUUAUGAAAGAUGAGAAGUCGUCUAAAGAAGUAAUACAAAAUAAGAUGGACACAUUGAGCAAAUAUGGUGUUCAGAAUGCAGUAUCUAUAGAAAAUAGCCAAUCAAAAGUCCAGAAUCUGGCUUCUACUCAAGCUCCAGCCAACAUGAUUUGUGGAGUGAAUCUGAUACCAUCAUCUUUGAGGAGAAAUGUUCCUUCCACAGAUGAAAAGAAUGAGACCAAGACCCUUCAGCCAGUCACCACAGUGUUGGCUGUUGGUCAGGAAGAUCACUCUCAGACAGAGUCCACUAAGAGGAAGAGACCAGUGUCUGGAUCAUUCCACUUCAUUGUCUCUUCAGACAAGAACCAGGAGCGGCCAAGGACUGCAAGCUUCACUGGAGUAGUUGGGCAAGCCAGACUGAAAAAAGAACCUCCAUGUCCUGCAAAACCUUCUUUAAAUUCCAAGAUACAGGAACAACUUAGAUCACAAGCUGAGAAAAGAAGAAAAGACCUGUGUGCUGACUUACCACCGGAAUCAAAGAUGGAAGAAAUAGCAGCUACCAAUCCAGUGGUACCAACAAAAUUUACCAAUCUACCAGUGAACCCUCCUCAGGCCAGGGAUGUGGAGGAGAGUAAGGACAAUGAGUUGCAGGAGACUGUGGUUCAGGCUAGGGAGGAAGAGGUUCAGGAGGGAGUGGAGGAAGCAGAAGAGGCAGGUGAGGGUGUGACAGAAAAAGUUGAGGAGGAAAACAAGAAAGAAGCUACAAAUGCUUUUGGAGUAAAGCUGCGCUCCACCUCUCUUUCAACAAAGUUCCGCUUGGACAAGUCACAAAAUGACAGGAUAAAACCUCUAGCCUCACAGUCUGAUUCAACAAGCUGCAAGGAACCUGAGGACCAGCACACUAGCACGGGCUGUUUCAGAGUUGAUACAAAACUCAAAAACCCUCCUCUGCAAACCAAAGAGCCCUCCAGUUCCCCAUCCAAGACUGUCUGCAAAGACCAAGGGAGAGGUGGAUUUCUCCUCAGACAAGCUGAACCUCCUCAGCUAUCGUCUUCACCCAGCAAAGCCACUAAGACUGUACCUUCACUACCUAAAGAAGGAAUAGAUUUGUCUCCAAAAGAGACUUCAGCUGUGUCCUCUCAGGAAAACACACCAACAUCUUCAGCCUCCGAGGUUUCCUGGAUGGAGAUGGCUAGAGAAAAGACCAGAAGUCUACAGCAGCUCUUUACCAGUAGACUGCCCGACUUCCCUGGCUUGCAAACAACCAUACGACCAACAACCUUGAACACAACACUGCCAGAAACCCAAACCCAAAUUUCCACAUCACAAAUCAAUGCAAGAAUCACACAAAACAUUACAAGUCAGCAGAUAGCAACACAGUCUUCUCUGAGACAAACAUCUGGAAGAUCUUCACAACUUACCACUCAGUUUCCACCUUUGCAAAACCACACUAGAACAACUACUACAAGCCACACUUCAACAAUACAAAUUUGUACAAAUCCAACUCAGACAGCCACCAGUCAAUUACAAGUGGACAGUACCAGUGAACUUCAGUUUGAGUCAAAAACCCAAAUUUGUAAUUCGACAACAAAAUUAGUACAGUCUACAGUUACAUGCAAAUCAAAUACCCAAUCCACUACUCACACUGUAAACACAGUAAAACAGCUGUCAUCACAUCCAUGGACACCACAAACACCACCCAUUCAACAGUCAUCAUCGCUGCGUACAGGACCUCUUCAGGCCCCACAGACCUCUGUACAAUCUAUACUCCAUCCCACACCUACGCCAUCUUACACACAUUUAUCGUCAAGCCCCAAAUUAGCAUCCCACCUGGUCUCCCCACAGUCUGCCAAUACUAUCUCACAGGAUCAACUUCAGAAGGAGGGGGUAAUCUCAGGGAAAGCUGACAUGGCAUCUGAGCCUCAGGCGAAAGAGAAUGGAUUAGAGGAUGGAAGACCAAUGUGGGCAGCAGGAUUAGGAAUCAAGACAUCACUGGUGCAGCGCUGGGAGAGCCAAACCACUGCUGCAGCCAAGGCAGGCGAGCAGACAGCCACAACAGAGUCCCAAACCACACCUCAAUCAACCGUUCCUCUCAGACCUAUCUCAAAGGUCACAGGAACAGACACAGGACUAGAACUAAGAGCAUCAGUUUCCUCUGUUCCCAUAAGAAUGGCAGAGAGAGAGGAUAAAUGGCAGAAGAAAUCAGUGCCACCAUCAUCGUCAUCUCCUUCAUCAUCACUGUCAUCAUCUCCUCUGCAGUCUGGGAAUGACAGUAGCCAGCCAUCCUGGAUGGAGCUGGCCAAGAGGAAAUCAAUGGCAUGGAGUGAUAAGUCUAUGGACUAAAAAAAGUCAGUCAAAUGACAGCAAGAGAAAAAUUUGAGAUGUUACGGAGGAUCAGAGGGCAUUGACAUGCAAGAGCUCUCUGGUAUUUGGUAACUUUUUGUUGUGAAAACUGUUUCCUGAACUUCAGUCCAAGGAACUGUACACGAGUCUGCAAAAACAGGAUGCUCUGGGGUUUGCGCCAUGUGAACUACAGCAGAGUUUGAGCUUAAUAGUAGUGCUUGUGCAUCAAAGUAGACCUGAGGAGCAAGGGGACGGGGGUGAGGUUCAGACUCAAGCAAAAGCAUCAAGAAAACCAUCCUUAUUGAGAUCUCAGAUAGAUGUGUGCUGAUAAAAUUGUCUGUCAUGUUUUAUGUUUAUCAUUGUUUGUGAGGUUUACCACCUUUUCUCCUUGUUUUCUACACGUGAAAUAUUGUUUGUAUUAAUUGUUUGUAUUACGUAUGAUUUCAGUCUCUUUUCAAUUAUAGAUUUUACCAUGGUUUAAUUUGUAUUAACAUGUGAGUGUAUCUGAUAGUUUCCGAUACAUGUUAGGUAUGAAAAAUGUGGUUAUUGUAAUGUUAAAUGUUUAAAAAUGUGACUGUAAAAAAUAUACAGUACCUAAUAAAUUACUUUUGAAAUACCAAACCAACCUUAAUAA